GGGAGGCGGCUCGGGCCGACCCGGCCCUGAGCUGCCGCGGCGGCGGCCUCUGGCCAACAGACUCAGCCCAGCCUCUUUUCCACCUGUGACCUGGACCCAGGAAAGCGCUUUGGAGAGCUACUGCAUCGAAAAAUAUUAGAUGGCUUUCCCUCAUAAUCCCUCGUGGCCACUGAGAGAUGAGAAUACCAGACCACCUGACCUGCCUCCUGAGAAAUCUGUAUAUAGGUCAAGAAGCAACAGUUAGAAUUGGACAUGAAACAACAGACUGGUUCCAAAUCAGGAAAUUUUUGAGUACAUCAAGUCUGUAUAUUGUUACCCUGCUUAUUUAAGUUAUAUGGAGAGUACAUCAUGAGAAACGCUGGGCUGGAGGAAGCACAGGCUGGAAUCAAGUCUGCCAGGAGAAAUAUCAAUAACCUCAGAUAUGCAGGUGACACCACCCUUAUGGCAGAAAGUGAAGAAGAACUAAAGAGCCUCUUGAUGAAAGUGAAAGAGGAGAGUAAAAAAGUUGGCUUAAAACUCAGCAUUCAGAAAACUAAGAUCAUGGCAUCUGGUCCCAUCACUUCAUGGCAAAUAGAUGGGAAAACAAAGGAAACAGUGAGAGACUUUAUUUUGGGGGACUCCAAAAUCACUGCAGAUGGUGACUGCAGCCAUGAAAUUAAAAGACUGUCACUACUUGGAAGAAAAGCUGUAACCAACCUAGACAGUAUAUUAAAAUGCAGAGACAUUACUUUGCCAACAGAGGUCUGUCUAGUCAAAGCUAUAGUUUUUCAAGUAGUCAUGUAUGGAUGUGAGAGUUAGACUAUAAAUAAAGCUGAGUGCUGAAGAACUGAUGCUUUUGAACUGGUGCUCUAGAAGACUCUUGAGAGUCCUUUGGACUGCAAGGAGAUCCAACCAGUCCAUCCUAAAGGAAAUCAGUCCUGAAUAUUCAUUGGAAGGACUGAUGUUGAAGCUGAAACUCUAAUACUUUGGCCACCUGAUGCGAAGAGCUGACUCAUUUGAAAAGUCCUGAGGCUGGGAAAGAUUGAAGUGUCAUCACUUAUACCGUUAAGUAUAACAUGCUUGAAGUGAAGUGAAGUGAAAUCACUCAGUCGUGUCCGACUCUUUGCGACCCCGUGGACCAUAGGCCACCAGGCUCCUCCAUCCAUGGGAUUUCCCAGUCGUCCAGCAUGCUCUGCCCACCCCCUGCUGAGGUGCACUGACCAUGAGCCUCAACUCCUCCCUCGGCCACAGGAAGGAGCUGAGUAACCUCACCGAGGAGGCCGGUGACCAGGGGGGCGUCGUCAUCACGGAGUUCAUCGCCAUCGUCAUCAUCACCGUUUUUGUCUGCCUGGGCAACCUGGUCAUCGUGAUCACCUUGUACAGGAAGUCCUACCUGCUUACCCUCAGCAACAAGUUCGUCUUCAGCCUGACCCUGUCCAAUUUCCUGCUGUCUGUACUGGUGCUGCCUUUCGUGGUGACCAGCUCCAUUCGGAGGGAAUGGAUCUUCGGUGUGGUCUGGUGCAACUUCUCAGCCCUCCUCUACCUGCUCAUCAGCUCAGCCAGCAUGCUCACCCUUGGGAUCAUCGCUGUCGACCGCUACUACGCUGUCGUGUACCCCAUGGCGUACCCAAUGAAGAUCACAGGCAGCCGGGCUGUGAUGGUGCUUGCCUACAUCUGGCUUCACUCCCUCAUCGGCUGCCUGCCACCUCUGUUUGGCUGGCCAUCAGUGGAGUUUGACGAGUUCAAGUGGAUGUGUGUGGCCGCGUGGCACCGGGAGCCCGGCUAUACCGCGUUCUGGCAGAUCUGGUGUGCCCUGUUCCCCUUCCUGGUCAUGGUGGUGUGCUACGGCUUCAUCUUCCGAGUGGCCAGGGUCAAAGCACGCAAGGUGCAUUGCGGCGCUGUGGUCGUUGUGGAGGUGGACGUACAGAGGGCUGGGAGGAAGAGCUCCAGCACCUCCACCUCCUCCUCGGGCAGCAGGAAGAACGCCUUUCAGGGCGUGGUCUAUUCAGCUAACCAGUGCAAAGCCCUCGUCAGCAUCCUGGUGGUCAUUGGUGCCUUCAUGGUCACCUGGGGCCCCUACAUGGUCGUCAUCACCUCUGAGGCCCUCUGGGGGAAGAACUGUGUCUCCCCAACCCUGGAGACCUGGGCCACUUGGCUGUCCUUUACCAGUGCCAUCUGCCACCCUCUGAUCUAUGGACUCUGGAACAAGACGGUGCGCAAGGAACUCCUGGGCAUGUGCUUUGGGGAUCGGUAUUACCGGGAACCCUUUGUACAGCGGCAGAGGACGUCUAGACUCUUCAGCAUUUCCAAUAGGAUCACAGACCUGGGCCUGUCCCCACACCUCACGGCCCUCAUGGCAGGCGAGCAGCCCCUGGGGAACAGCAGCAGCACCGGGGACACUGGCUUCAGCUGCUCUCAGGACUCAGGAACAGAUGUCAUGCUGCUUGAAGACUACACGUCAGAUGACAACCCUCUCUCGCAUGGCACGUGCCCACCCAAGAGGAGGAGCUCGGUGACAUUUGAAGAUGAAGUAGAACAAAUCAAAGAAGCUGCCAAGAACCCCAUUCUUCAUGUGAAAGCUGACGUGCACAAGUCGUUGGACAGUUACGCAACCAGCCUGGCCAAAGCCAUAGAGGCUGAAGCCAAAAUCAACUUAUUUGGGGAGGAGGCUUUGCCUGGGGUCUUGCUUACAGCUCGGACUGUCCCUGGAAUUGGCUUUGGGAGCCGCCGAGGCAGCAGAACUCUCGCAGGUCAGAGGCUGCAGCUUCAGAGCAUCGAAGAGGGGAAUGUUUUAGCCGCAGAGCAGAGAUGAGGGUGGAUGCCCGUUACCAUCUGUGCCAGGGUCCCGGGAGCAACAUCUGAUACGCAGUCAUCUGAAAAAACACUGAAAACCAUGUCUGUAAGUGACUUCAGUGUCUGUGUGAGACCACACGCGGGCUUCUUGUUGAUCCCAGUGAUGGGACCAGAGGCAUUGAGAGCACAAAACAAAGCAGAUGGAGGUGUGGCUGAGACGUUGUGGGACGUGGGGUGUAAGGGGGGCUAGAGACCUCAGCUGGGCAGGAAGCCACCACGUGGGUCACAUCCUCUUCGUCACCACCUGUGCCCUUGGGAGUCCAGCCGUGCACUGUACUAGAAGCCUCGGGACACUCUGGAGGAUGGCGCUUCCUCUGUGUGGUUGAUGCGGGCUGUGUGGGGCCAUUGGUUCUACCCUAAAUGGUCCCCAGAGGAGAGCCCAGGAGCAAGAUACCCCAGACCCAUGGCUACCGCCUUGCCGCCACUGGGGCCAUCUGCUGAUUCUAGUAGGGCCUGUUGCUGGCCACUGGGCGGAGGCAGCAGGUCUGGGGCGGUGGUUGCUGACGACAGGCCUCCCUAUGGACUGGUGCUUUAGUGUUUUAAAAGAAGAGAGAAACCACUGUAAACAACAGGAGCAAGGAACAGAUGCCAGAUGUUUCAUUUCUAGAGUUAAAAAGAAAAACAACCCGUUUGGUUAGGAAGCACCUUCAUCUUCCAGACCUGAACAGGGCCGUGGGCGAAGCACUGCUGCGAAGUAGUUACUGCUGUCUUUGGAGGGAAUCCCCUUCACACAGGAAGAUCCCAUGGAAUAGGUUCCGUAUGUGAUGCUUGAUGUACUGUUUAGAUUAGCAGGCCUCCAGGGAAAACUCCCAUGGUCAGCAGCUACUAUUUCCCCGCCCUGAAUGGCUCAAGACAAAGACUUGAAGGAACUCUGGACUUGGCCUCAGCAACUGUGUGCCGGCCCAGCUCUGCCUUCUAUCAAUCACUCGGGUCACUGGGGCUCCCUGUCACCUCUUGGUCAUCCGGAAAAUGAGAUAGGGAUGUGGAGUUGGACUGAACGGUGUGUGUGCGCUUCGUCAUCCAGUCAUGUCUGAGUCUUUGUGGUCCCAUGGACUGAGUGGCGGCAGGGGUCCUUUCUAACUCUGAUCUUUGAUGUUCCCUGAAUUUGUUAGUGGGAAAAAAGUGACCCACGGAUCAGUAUUUGCACAGCUUUUGGGUGUGGUGUCUAAUGGGCAUGUGACACACUUCAGGCCUGAUCCUGAGGCGUGGGCUGAUCCAGUGUGUCUGUUUAGAACACAGUCCUGACAGGACGCCAACCAGUAGGACACAUAAAUGGGCGCAGAGGGCGUGUCCUCAGAGGUGGAAAGUGGGGCUAUGGAUUGUGAUGCGUAUGUUAGAUCUCUCCCCGCCCCCUGUGAGAUGGGAUGGCCUAGUGUGUGGGCUUGCAGCAGUGGCUGUGGUGGCUGAAGCCUAGAUGAUAGCAGCCAAGUGCAGGUCUCUCCCCACUUCUGAAUUCCAGGUGGUCAGCAGGGGAUAGAUUCUGAGAUCUCCCGCAUCUGGCAUAAGGCAGCUGCUCCAGAAAGUGCCUCACCUUUGCAGUGUUUACUGUGGUCUAACUGGUUCUCCAGGAGGCAGUGCGUCUUUGCUGUGUGGCAGAGACCAGUGGUUGGCCGGUCCCUGUGUCUGCAGUUUACAAACGUCUUUUCCUUAGACCUGGGGGCUGCUACCUUCACAGCGAUCAAAUUCAUCAGUCUACAUUCCGGAUGGAAGAGGGAAGAAGCAGAGGGCAGUCUCACCUGUGGGUUCUGCUGAGGUGAUGUGCAGAUCACUCAGAUUCUGCUCUCACUACUGGCUGGCAUUCCUAAAUCUGAGGGCAUUUUUGCUUUCUGUAUUUUUUCCUAGCAUUUGUCCGUAUCCAGUUUCUAGAGGGACCAUAUUCCUGAGCUUCUAGUAUGCUCUGAGGUGGAACAGGGCAAGAACCUAGGAUGACCCACCCCCCACCGACCCCAUCCACCCCCAUUAGGCCAUUUUGAGUGCAACGAAGUGGCUUGCAUCCCAGGAGUUGGAAAGUGCCUUCCCUGGACUAUACUUGGCUGGGCUCUAAGAAGAGUCCUGAGACCUCCCAAGUCUUCACAGGCUGAUCCCAGCCUAGCUGGGAUACACUAGAUUUCAUCUAAGCCAAUCUAGAAAUACUGUACUUCCCAAAAGCAUUCUCUGUGUUUGUUUCCUCUUUUGUACUUCAGUCCAUUCAUUCAUCUACCAAGCACUGCACAUCUAGUGUGUGCAAGGCAUCAAGCUAGGCUCUGUGAGUAAUAACAUUAAAGUGUUUUCACUCUAAUGUAGGAAGAGACCUAGAGGAGACUGAGGCUAAUAAACAGCAAAGUCAAGUAAUGGUUCUCGAAAGAACUGCAGGCUCUAUAGGGAGGUGAAUAUUCCCAAUUAGAAGGAGUUAGGGGUAGCGCCCUCUAGGAGGUGACUGAGCCAAGACUUGCAGCAUAUCUGGCAGCUAGAACCAUAUUCUGCAUAUUUAGGAAUUCAGAUACUCCUUAUUCAGCCUGAGUGAGAAGGGAGCACAAACGGAGGGGAGAGGGGAGAGGACAAAGACACACUCCCCAUACACUGAGGUUUCUGGGAGGCAGUUUUGGGGACACUUGUCCUUAGGGCAGAAAGUCAAAACCCCGACUGCCCUUGCUGAACGCUGGCCCAUCAGCUUUAUUCUGCUGUGCAGCGGCAACCUAAGGCCUUCCUGAGGGGGCCGCGUGGGGAGUGGUAGGUGGGACAUUCGGCCACUUAUUAAGAUAAAAACCUCAGUUCUGCAUCUUCUAGUUUUGACAGGACCACCUGUAGGACUGUUGCCCAUCUCUGCUUCUUUCAUCGAGAUUACCACUUGACUAAGUGCCCCCAUGCUCUCUCCCAGACACCAGGUUUGGAGGCUAGUGUGACCUGGAAGGCAGGAUGUCCCGCACUGCCAAGCAUACAGGUCACUACCUAGGCUUCUCCGAGGCGCCGACUCAGGGCCUUCGACGGCAGGCGGCAGCAGCGCGGCGGUGGUGUCACUAGUGGGAAGGAGCCAAGGAUCAAGCCGAAGGCUUGUUUGCUUCUGGCUUAGAGCACCUCCUCUCAUCGCUGGGUCUCCACUGCUGUCCCCAGCCUUUCAAGGACCACCCAGCUAGCUUGCUGACACUGCUCAGCUGUGUGAUCUUAAACAAAGCACUGCUACAGAAAUGGGGUUGAGAAAUAUAAGACAAGGGCCAUCUGUUGCUAAAGUUGCUGAUGUUAUUUGAUUCUCAUUUAAGGAGCUGCUGUGUAGUCUCUGAGCAACUGGCGAGACUAACUCAAGUAUUUGCAAAGGACAAGGAAUCCUGGGGUGGACAGGACAGAAGAGGGAGGAAAAGGGCUCUGAUACAGUGAGAGAUAAGAAAGCUUUCUUAAAAGUGAACAUGUAUAUUAUCCAGGGUGAAACAGAUCACCAGCCCAAGCUGGAUGCAUGAGACAAGUGCUCGGGCCUGGUGCACUGGGAAGACCCAGAGGAAUGGGGUGGAGAGGGAGGUGGGAGCGGGGAUCGGGAUGGGGAAUACGUGUAAAUCCAUGGCUGAUUCAUGUCAAUGUAUGACAAAACCCACUACAAUAUUGUAAAGUAAUUAGCCUCCAACUAAUAAAAAUAAAUGAAAAAAAAAUAAAGUGAACAAUGCAAAGAAAUAGAGGAAAACAACAGAAUAGGAAAGACUGGAGAUCUCUUCAAGAAAAUUAGAGAUACCAAGGGAACAUGUCAUGCAAAGAGGGGCUCAAUAAAGGACAGAAACAUAUAGGACAGUAAGGACCUAACAAGAAGAAGAGAUUAAGAAGAGGUGGCAAGAAUACACAGAACUGUACAAAAAGGCCUUACUGGCUGGGAUAACCAAGAUGGUGUGGUCACUCAUCUAGAGCCAGACAUCCUGGAGUGUAGUUCGUAGUUUGUUACUACAAACAAAACUAGUGGAGCUGAUGAAUUCCAGCUGACCUAUUUCAAAUCCUGAAAUAUGAUGCUGUUAAAGUCCUGCACUCAGCAUGCCAGCAAAUUUGGAAAACAGCAGUGGCCACAGGACUGGAAAGGCCAAUUUUCAUUCCAGUCCCAAGGAAAGGCAAUGCCAGAGAAUGUUCAAACUACUGCACAAUUGCACUCAUUUUACAUGCUAGCAAGGUAAUGUCAAAAUCCUUCAAAGUUAGACGUCAACAAUAUAGGGACCAAGAACUUCCAUAUGUACAAACUGGAUUUAGAAAAGGCAGAGGAACCAGAGAUCAAAUUGCCAACAUCUACUUGAUCAUAGCAAAACCAAGGGAAUUCAGAAAAAGACAUACUUCUGCUUCAUUAACUAUGCUAAAGCCUUUGAUGGUAUGGGUCACAACCAACUGUGGAAAAUUCUUAAAGAGAUGGGGAUACCAGACCAUCUUACUUGCCUCCUGGGAAACCUGUAUGCAGGUCAAAAAGGAACAGGUAGAACUAGACAUGGAACAGCAGAUUGAUUCCACAUUGGGAGAGGAGUACGUCAAGGCUGUAUAUUGUCACCCUGCUUAUUUAACUUGUAUGCAGAGUACAUCAUGCAAAAGGCCAGGCUGGAUGAAGCACAAGCUUCAAGACUGCCAGGAGAAAUAUCAAUAAGCUCAGAUAUGCAGAUGACACCAACCUCAUGGCAGAAAGUGAAAAGGAACUAAAAGCCUCUUGAUGAAAGUGAAAGAGGAGAGUGGAAAAAGCUGCCUUAAAACACAGCAUUCAAAAAACUAAGAUCAUGGCAUCCGGUCCCAUAACUUCAUGGCAAUUAGAUGGGUAAAAAGUCAAAACAGUGACAGGCUGGGCUCCGAAAUCACUGCAACUGGUGACUGCAGCCAUGAAAUUAAAAGACGCUUGCUCCUUGGAAGAAAAGCUAAGACAAACCUAGACACCAUAUUAAAAAGCAGAGACAUCACUGCUGACAAAGGUCCCUAUAGUCAAAGCUAUGGUUUUACCAGUAGUCAUGUACGGAUAUGAGAAAUGGAUCAUAAAGAAGGCUGAGCACCAAAGAAUUGAUGCUUUUGAACUGUGGUGCUGGAGAAGACUCUUUAAGAGUCCCUUGGACUGCAAGGAGAUCAAACCAGUCAAUCAUAAAGGAUAUGAAUAUUCAUUGGAAGGACUGAUGCUGAAGCUCCAAUACUUUGGCCACCUGAUGCAAAGAGUCAACUCACUGGAAAAGAGCCUGAUGCUAGGAAAGACUGAAGGCAGGAGAAGGGGAUGACAGUAUGAGAUGGUUGAAUGGCAUCAUCGACUCAAUGGACAUGAGUUUGAGCAGACUCCUGGGAGAUGGUGAAGGACAGGGAGGCCUGGUGUGCUGUAGUUCAUGGGCUUGCAGGAAAUUAGACAUGACUGAGCAACUGAACAGCAGCAACAGUGAGAGACCUUACUGGCUUGUUCAGAUUUAGUGAGAUGAGUAUUUUUCUGUCCUGACAGUUGGUCCUUGAAAUACAGAUUAGACAGGUCUCUGGAUGGACCACAGGAUAUAUUCAUGACAAGGGUUCAGCCUUGAGCCCCAGCUGUCUCCAGUCUAGAAGGAACUGUGGAGGUGAUGUGGCUACAAAGGUUGAAGAAGGAAAGUAGUGUGUACUGAGUUACUACUCUGAACCUGACAUGUUAAGGUACCUGAGUGCCUGUUGUGUGCUGGACAUUGUUAGGCACUUCCAAAUGCUUUAUCUCAUUGCUUAUCAGCUCAAAUGUGAUAUAAUGGGGAUAGCACAGGAUUUGCUUUUGGAAGUUCUGGAUUCACAUUCCACACAGUAUAGUAAGUGUCCUUGGGCCAACUACUCAAUCUUUGUGUAUUGCAGUUUUCUCAUCUAUAAAAUGAAUGUUGUAUUCAUUUUAUAUAUUCAUUUUAUGUGGGGACACAGAAUCCAAGAGGGUCUUCCUUCUGGGUGAUAAUGUGGAUUAAGGCAUUUAGCACAGUAUCUGGGGCAAAGUUGAUACUGGGCCACUGCUAUUUUUCCUCCACUCUGCAGGUGGGUGUAGUAUUUGUGCUUUACAGGGCUCUCAAUGACAAGACGAGAAUCUUGAAAAGUUACCAGUUACCCUACAUAAGCAGUGUUGAAGGUUGUUGCCAUGGGCGGUCAUGUUUGCCGUACACUACAAAGGGACAUGGUGAGAAAGGGGAAGACAAUAGAGGCGAGGGAGCAAAGGGUAACUAGUAUUUGCGGUUCAGGAGAUCAGAAGGAGUGGAACUGAGCUUUUCUGUUAAUGGCCAUUGAAGAUGAUGGAGUCCCAGGCUGGUGUGGCAUCUGGAAUCAAAGCACAAGCUCAGCUCUGACCUCCCUUAAGGGACAGUCAGAAGGGACACCCUCCUGAGGUGUUACCAGGUUCUAAGGGCAGCUCCUUCCUGCAGUGACAGUGAUGCUUGGCAGUGGCCUUGGCACUUGGAUUCAGACUCUGCGCCCCUCAGAGUCCCUGAGGGGAGAGGCAGUGCAGGGGCAGCAGACUGUGCGCCCACCCACGGGAUACAGAGAGCCCCAGCUAAAUUCCAGGGGAGAGUGAAGAGAAAUCAGAGUUUUCACCCUCAAGCAAAGGAAAGUGGCUGUGAGCACAGCCGUAUAUGACUACAAGAGGGGGCAGAGCUGGAUCAUCCUUCUGAUUUGGGAAAGGGGACACUCAAUCCAAGGAGGCCUCAGGAAGUCCAGAGAAUUGUCCAAGGUCUCAAAGCGUCCUUGGCCAUGUGACUGAGAGAAGCAAAAACACAGCUCUGCAGCUUGAGGAGGACGAGAGAUAGUUGACAGUCAUCAUUAAUAGAAGAACAGACCAGUGGGGCUUUAUUGGGUCGGUAGAAAAAACUAUUGUAAACCAAGGAAUUUGGGGAUUAGAAUAUCUGCUUGCCAGAACUAUAAAAAACUGCAGGCCUAAGGAAAGUGAUCAGAUUGCACUGGAAAGAAUUCAAAGAACAAACUCAAAUCUGUAUGAUUACCAAGAACACAGUUCUACUCAUUGUUAUUUUUAGGAGAACAAAACAGACAAAGCUGUUUUCAUUUCCCUCAGAGAGCAAUUCCCUGAGCAGUAUUAAUAGCUUAAGAAUUAAAAGCCACUUAUGUUUUUCCUUUUGACACCACCAUUUUGAAAUAUCGUUAAUCGUAAGCGAGUCAGGGUUUCUCAGAGGAAAAGACAGUCUGGGGAGGAUCACAGGCCUGAGCAGGCAAGACCACACUGAGAGUGCGGCGGAAGGAGCCCGUGUGGCUGGAAAUAGGUCAGUCAGUGAUGUGCAAGGAGCAGAGUCCUGUGCUGCGCUCUGAUAAUGGACCCCUGGAUGCAAAGGCGGUUAAAACCCAACCUUCAAGACAAAAGCAAGCUGAUUCAGAAAUACACCUCACUUGAAGUUUUUGGAUCUUUUUUUUUAAUUAAAAAAAUGCUUAGUGUUAGUCGCUGAGUCAUAUCUGACUCUUUGUGUCCCCAUGGACUGCAGCCCACCAGGCUCCGUCCAUGGGAUUCUCCAGGCAAGAGUACUAGAGUGGGUUGCCAUUCCUUUCUCCAGAGGAUCUUCCCAGCCCAGGGGUUGAACCUGGGUUUCCUGCAUUGUAGGCAGAUUCUUCACUGUCUGAGCCAUCAGGGAAGCACCCCCCACCCCCGCGCCAAAUGCUUAGGAUCAUUAUAAAUCAGUAUUUAUAAACAAGUACAUUUAGAAUAAUUUUGUUUGCCUGAUUAAAUAUCUGCGUUUUGGCUUGUGCAGAGCUGUGCAAAUUGUGAGUUCGUGCUUAUGGACUGUGGACUCGUCUGGGUGUCUCCUCCUUUACCCGUACCCUUUUUCUGCAGCCGUGCCCUUUUCUCAAGCCUCCCUUCCCACGGGCUGAAAAGCGGAAGGAGACUAAGCCAACUGUGGCACAGUCCAUACCACAGUCACCUGGGUACAGCAUUCAUGUGUUUUUAAUAAACUCGUGCAAGAAAAUUAGA